AUGUUGAUGGUUGGCUGUGGAGAAAGCAAAGUUGGUAUUCAUCGGAGAUCACUCAUAUCGUUUGACCAGCUGCGGUGGUAUUCGGAUGCUGUGAUGCGUGCAAUCCGGAGAGUUUAUGUCAAUAUUGACUAUGGUGCGAGUAGUCAACAGUUUCGUCGUUUCUUUGUGUCAUUGGCUGCGUGUCUGUUUCCUGUUGCAUUUGCGGUUGUUGAUUCGGAGACCACGGCGAAUUGGUCGUGGGAUCACCUAGUAAGUAGUUUGGGGGAUUGUGCUUAUGAGCCAACUGUGGUAGGGUUUCAUGAAAAGCUUGCAAAAUUAAAAGAGGAGGGUAAACAACGAGCACAUGAUUUUUUCAAGGACUUGGCACCUGAGCACUGGGCAAAUUCAUACUUCAGGGGCAUGCGUUAUGGGGAGAUGACUUCCAAUGCGGCGGAGUCAUUUAAUAACUGGAUUAAAGAAGCGCGUAAUCUUCCUAUCACUCAAAUGGUGGACACAAUUCGUACUCAGUUGAUGCGGCAAAUGUCUGCACGGCGUGACCAAGCAAACAAAUGGAAUGAGCUUAUUUGUCCUACAUUUGAAGCAAGGCUUAUGGAUUCGUUCAAUCACAGCAGGUCUUGGCAAGUUAGCAAAGCCAAUGAGAAUGUGUUUGAAGUUCAUUCGAUACCAUCUGUUACUGUUGAUGUUGCGAGGCGUACAUGUUCGUGCUUCAAAUGGCAAAUUAACGGAUUCCCAUGUGACCAUGCUGUUGUUGCCAUUCAGAAGAGCCGCUACAAUCUCAAUGAUUGUGUGGAACAUUACUUUCAUGUACAGACAUAUCGUGGAGCGUAUUCGGGUGCCAUAUUCCCUAUACCAUCGGUGGAGAAGCCGUCUUUUGAUCCCAUGGACUUCACUAUAUACCCGCCAACUGUGAAAAGACCACCCGGAAGGCCGAAAAAGAAUAGGAUCCCAUCAAGGGGUGAGAAACUUAAGCAAAUAAGGUGCGGGAGAUGUGAUAAGCUGGGGAGCCAUAAUCGGAAGUCAUGCAAGGAGCCGAUAUAG